GCAGUGUCGACGGAGGUGACUCAGUGUUAAGGGGAAUUUUCAUCUCGAUCGAUUCACUUUAUUUGAUGCUUGAACAUCUUUCUUGAAAGUUGUUUUUGAUAAAUCACACAUCGACUCGAAAACUAUUUAAGUUGCGAGUUAAGAAGCUGGUGCUCGAAACCCAAAGAAGAUAGAGAUUUAACUUGAAGCUGUGAAUCAACACAUGCAUCGGCAUCUGCUCUAACGGUCGUCUCUUCCCCACGCUUCUCCGUGACGCAAAACACGGCAGGGACCCAGGUUCGCGCUACGUUCAAGUUUCGCGAUCUCUUCGUUCAAUGGUACCUACCCUUUGGUGCUGCCAAACCCGCAGGUGUGCUAGACGGAGUUUCUUCCUGGUUAGACACCAACGCUGGGUACAUUCAAGGCCAAGAGGGAGCGUCCCCUGUGUACGUGAAUCGCAAAGCGCCUAUCCUAUCCGUUUUUAGUACCAGUGCAACCUUUCCGCCAGCUUGCUACAGAGCAUCCUUAGCUACGAGCACGAUUCAGAUGGAAUCCGCUUUACUUCGUCGCGUCCUUCGAGAGGCAAAGAAGAGGGCUAAGCACCAUCCUUCGGCGUUUGUGUCCUUUGCCAACGGGCACAAAGCUUCUUCCGAAUUGGUCGAUGAAGACGGGUAUUUCACGGCAGAAGCGGCUGUCAGAAGUCCAGGUCUGCUGGAGAAACGUCGCGCACUGAUGGAAGCAGGAAAUUUAGAUGAGGAGGAUGAAGAUCUGAUGGGAGCUGCUGGGGGCGUUG